AUACCGCCAAACAGCACAGAGAUCACGAAGAACGACCAAAAAACAGACUGAUUCAAGCGGAAAAGCAAACACAUCUGUCACAGAACCCAGCCAGGAAAGACCAACCAAAUUCACCAACAAGAAAAAGCUACAAAUACAACAAAACCAGCAUGGCAUCCGCCGCCAACCUCGACUCGGUCGUCAAUCAGGGCGAGUUCAAGGCCCGCAAGCCGCCGUCCAAGCCCAUGACCACAAAGGGCCACGCCCCGGGCGUCAAGGUCGGCAAGGACGCGGUCCCAGAGUUCCACGCGCAGAAGUACCCCCCGGGCACCGCGCCCCCGGAGCACACAUACGAGCCGCGGCCCAACGUGGAGAACAUGUCGAUCCAGGCGGCCGCCCUGGCUGAGGACGAGGACGUGCCCCGCGUCAACGUCGAGGACACCCUGGGCGGCGCGACGAGCAGGGACCUGAACAAGGGCAAGGGGAGGCCCGUACAGGGCGAGUCGUCGCAGGAGCUGCACGGCAACAAGCACGUGGGCAACCAGAAGCACCGGGAGCGCAGCGGGCUGGAGGGCGUCGGCGCCAGCGUCGGCGUGGACAUGGCCAGCCUGAAGGGCGCAGACCGGCCCGAGGGCGUGCACAAGGGCGUUGGCCCGUGGACCGAGUUCCGCGAUGCGACGCAGUUAGUGCCUGAGCCACCGGAGACCGUGGCGAGUGAGAUGCCCUGAAAUGACGGCCGGGUUGGAAAUUAUAGUCGCCUAGUCUUCAUCAAGAUUGAUUUCACUUUUGCGGAACAGGAGAGAAAACAAAGAGGGAUUCCCAGAAACGUUGUUAUUGUAGUCUACUGCUACCGCGGCUUUGUCUGGGUUACAAG